GUAUAUAUUUAAAUAUUUUGGCUUGAGAGAGAGUGAUCGUAAUAUUUCUUGGUUUUAAGAAAAUGACCAUCGGAAAUUUUGGCUUUGAUGGCCGUGACAAUAAUGGCGUUAACGUUAACGGCAAGAUAACAGUGUCAGUGCUGAUCACAUGCAUCGUAGCUGCUUCCAGCGGCCUCAUUUUUGGAUAUGACAUCGGAAUUUCAGGAGGUGUGACAACAAUGAUACCAUUUCUGAAGAAAUUCUUUCCAUCAGUAUUAAGAAAAGCAGCAGAGGCCAAAACGAAUGUGUACUGUGUGUACGACAGUCAGAUUUUAACAUCCUUCACAUCAUCACUGUAUAUAGCAGGCUUAGCCGCUUCCCUUGCGGCUAGCCGCCUUAUUGCUGCGGCGGGCCGUAAGAAUACCAUUAUGAUAGGUGGCUGCACUUUUCUUGCUGGAGCUGCCAUCAAUGCUGGUGCUGCCAAUGUGACCAUGCUCAUCCUUGGCCGCAUCUUGCUUGGUUUUGGAGUUGGCUUCACUAACCAGGCAACUCCUGUAUACCUGUCGGAGGUAGCACCACCAAAAUGGCGUGGAGCGUUUAACACUGGUUUCCAAUUCUUCAUAGGAAUCGGAGUAGUGAUUUCCAAUUGCAUAAAUUUUGGAACUGCUAAGCUCAGCUCGGGAUGGCGUCUGUCCCUUGGUCUUGCAAUCAUCCCUGCAGCUACAAUGACAAUAGGUGCAAUCCUCAUUUCCGACACUCCAGCUAGCCUGGUGGAGCGUGGCAAGCUUGAACAAGCUCGCAAUUCUCUAAUCAAAAUCAGAGGACUCGAUACUAAUGUCGAUGCUGAAAUUUCCGAUCUGAUUAAAUCCAGUCAAGUGUCCAAAUCUGCUAAAGAAGAACCCUUUAUGACCAUAUUUGAAAGGAAGUAUAGACCUCAUUUAAUCUUGUCAAUUGCUAUACCCUUUUUUCAACAACUUACUGGGAUUAACAUUAUUGCAUUUUACGCCCCUAUUCUUUUUCAAUCACUUGGAUUCGGAAAUGAUUCGGCUCUGAUUGCAGCAAUGAUAUUAGGAUUAGUUAAUCUUGCUUCAAUUGUUGUGUCUACCGUUGUGGUUGAUCGGUUCGGCCGAAGAUUUUUGUUCAUAGCUGGAGGAACUCAGAUGUUCAUUUGUCAGAUUGCACUAGCAGGUGUACUAGCAAUCACAUCAGGAACUUCAGGCACUGAGAAAAUCUCCAAGGGCAAUGCCAUAAUAGUGUUAGUUUUAAUGUGCAUAUAUGCUGCUGGUUUUGGAUGGUCAUGGGGGCCUUUAAGUUGGCUAAUUCCAAGUGAAAUUUUUCCUAUGAAAAUUAGACCUACAGGCCAAAGCAUAAGUGUGGCUGUAAAUUUCGCCACAACAUUUGUUCUAUCUCAAACAUUUUUGACCAUGCUAUGUCACUUCAAAUAUGGGAUAUUCCUGUUUUAUGCUGCUUGGAUUGCUGUCAUGACGGUGUUUAUCGCGGUUUUCUUGCCGGAGACGAAAGGAAUUCCACUGGAUUCUAUGUUUGCAUUGUGGGAGCAUCACUGGUACUGGCGCAGUUUUGUUCAGGAUCAGCCGUAGAAAAGAACCCUUCUUCCCACAAAUUAAGUAUGGCUUGAUGUAUUUUUAAACGGAUAAAAUGUUUAUAUAAGUGAAAUAGAAUUGCAACUUCUAAGUGUUGUUGAAGUUUAUAUGUUA